CAUUUCAGAAUUUAUAUUAUGGAUAAAUUUUGAAUUUUAUUACUGAUUUUAUGAUUCUUUUUAUUAAUUAUUAAUUUAAUUGCAUGACUUCAGUUAUAUUUUCUACAGAAAAUUCCUAUUUAGAAUCAAUAUUAAUCCUCCAAAAUUGUUUCUACGAGAAAUUAGGAAAGUUUAACGCAAAGAGAAAAAUUGAAAAUGGUGAAAGAAUUAGAAACGAAGAUUCUAUGGAUGCCAAAGAGAGAUGUUGCUGUCAUCAAGAAUAAAAUAAAUUAUUGUUUAGGGGCUGAAAUAACGGAUUUUGAAGAAAUUCGUCGUAUUUAUGAUUAUUACGAAGAGCAAUACAAUAAUUUAAAAUGCAGAGUAAAGUUCCCACAACGCCUUGAAGAUUAUAAAGAGAAAUUGAUACACAGAUGGUGUAAACAAGAUCUAGAGAAAGAUCAAGCAUGGUUAUCGAUGAAAGACACUAAAAUGUUUAGCACAUGUUCUAAACUAAGCGAUAAAGAAGUUCGCGUAAACAGCUUCUCUUUUUGUACAGUAGUUGGCUUGAACAAUUUAGUUGAACAUUAUAACACAAGUUUACAGAAUGCUGCCCUAUCAUUAGAAUAUAAAGUAACACAAAUCAUUGCAGACUUCGAACACGAUCGCAAGAGAAUUUUCGUAUACUUCAUAGUCACAAAAAAGAAACUUGGGAAACAGGAACAGAAUGCAAGUACACAUGUAUUACACAGAUUCGAAAUUAAGUAUUCUGACAUAUAUAGAAUAUUAAUUAACAAGUUACCUACUGAAAAAACUCUUAGUUUAUGCCUUUACCUUACAUAUCCAGUAUUGUUGUAUAGAGUGAGCAGAAACGCGAUACAAGAAUCUAGGCAUAAAAACAAGGAGGAAAAUUUUUACCUUAAUUAUCACAAUAAAGAUCCUAACACACAUUUCUUCAUUCGAGUGUCAAAAUUCUCACAUUGUUCAGAAUCAGAUAUUGGUCUUUCAAGUGUUUUAAAGUUAGAAUUAUUUUGGGAUCAAUCUUGGGAUGUGAUUUGUCGAUUGGUAAAUAAUUGUAAAGAUGUUGAUUGUUUCUUUUCGCCUCUCAAUAAAUACGACAAACCUAAAAGUUAUCCAACACCAAAGAUUUUAAAUGGAAAUUUUAAUUGUGUUUACGCAUUAAAAUGCAUUGUUUCCAGAACUAGAGAUGUUGCUGUGCAGAUGUAUUUGUACAAACAAAUCGAAUCUGUAAACGGCAAAUUAAAUGAAUUCGACAAUCCAAACAUCUUGGAGAUGACACUAAUUGAAAUCAAUGCUGCAUUUGAGAGGAAUAACAUUGUGAUUUUCCAGAAUGCACUGAAUUUCUUAUUUGAAAAAUACAAAGAUUUUGAUGAUGAAGCCAAUGGAAAUAGUCCAAAUUUAGUUAAAGUGAGAAGGGCCAUUUUGACUCCGACUCGAGUGAUAUAUUUGCCUUCUCAAUAUUAUUUUAGAUGCCGUUUCUUCAGGCAAUUUAGUGAAGAUUAUGCUCUUAGAGUGUCUGUUCGAGAGGAUAAUUAUGAACCAUUAUAUAGUUUACAAAAGAGUAAAUACGAACCUGAAAACGAAUCUGAUGAUGAAGAAAUAAUUAAUUUACUAAAAAUAAAUUUGUUAAAUGGUUUUAAAAUUGGCCAAAGGAAGUAUAUGGUUUUAGGCUCUUCAACUAGUCACUUAAGAGAACAGGGCUUAAUGUUUUAUGCAGAUAAAGAUGAUACAGGUAAACCGCUAGCUCUGAAAGAUAUAUAUCGUGAAUUAGGAAAUUUUCAGCAUAUCAAAUGCAUUCCAAAAUACAUGGCGCGAAUAGGUCAGUUUUUUUCUCAGGCAUUGGAUGCAAUUCACGUAGACAGGAGCAAAACUGAGGAAGUGGCAGACAUAACAAUCCCUCGUCAGAAUUCUGAUGGACAAUAUAAAUUUUCUGAUGGAAUUGGCAAGAUAUCUUCCGAAUUAGCAAAAAAGGUAUUUGAAAAAUUAGACAUUUUGAACGAACCCUCAGCCAUGCAGAUACGUUACGCGGGUUUUAAAGGAAUGUUGACAGUUUGGCCUGACAUGAAAGGAGAAAAGAUUAUUUUUAGAAAGAGCAUGAAUAAAUUUCCAUCUAAUAACGAAAGUUUAGAAAUUUUGAAAGUUAGUAAACCGAGAAUGGUUUAUCUAAACAGACAAAUCAUAACAAUUUUAUCACAGUUCGACAUACCGGACAGAGUAUUUUUUAAAUUGCAAAAAAGUAUGUUCGAGAAAACGUUAAAGAGUUUCAUCUACGAGGAAGAUGCAAGAGAUAUGUUAAAACAAUAUUGUGCCUUUCGCAUCAAUUAUGGCAAAAUUAACGAGUUUGGCAUUGAUAUGCUCUACGAACCAUUCUUUCUCUCAUUGCUGAGAGCUAUAUUCUAUAAACAUAUAGAUAAAUUAAAGGUUAAAACUCGUAUACCGAUUCCACCUGAUCAAGGGAGAAUCAUGUUUGGUGUUUUGGAUGAAACGAAGCAACUAGAAUAUGGUCAAGUAUUUAUACAGUACACUAAAGAUAUUUGGGAUGAAGAAGAUAGAAAGCCCGUUAAACAUAUUGGUGAAGUCUUGGUGACAAAGUGUCCCUGUAUGCAUCCCGGUGACAUUCGUAAGUUUCAAGCAGUAGAUAUCCCGGAAUUAAGUCACAUUAAAGAUUGCAUUGUCUUCCCGGCCAAGGGAAAACGUCCUCAUCCCGAUGAAAUGGCUGGGUCCGAUCUAGAUGGCGACGAGUACUGUGUUAUCUGGAUGGAAGAUUUAAUUUUUAAAUGCGAAAAUUAUAAACCAGGAGACUAUCCGCAUUUAAAAGAAAAAGAACUAGAUCGUGAAAUAAAUGCUGAAGACAUGGUGGAUUUCUUUUUGAAAUUUAUAAGAGAAUCAAAAAUUGGAAUAAUUGCAAAUGCACAUCUUGCAUGGACAGACGUAGAAUACGAUGGGAUAUUUAGUGAGAAGUGCAUAAAAAUUGCCGAAAAGCAUGCCAGGAGUUUGGAUUUUGGGAAAACUGGAAUCAACGAAACACUGAGUUCGGACGAAGUCGUGUAUGUUUAUCCAGAUUACUUUGAUAAGAAACUCGAAAAAGAUACGUACCGAUCGACUAAAAUUCUGGGUCAACUGUAUCGUUUAAGCAAAGUCGUACAACUAGGAUUUAAGGAAUUUAUCGAAUCUGAAGAGGAUAAAACAGCAUACAUCCAUUACAUAUUGGAUCCCGAUUUGGUGUAUCCAGAGAACGAACUUUACAUCAAGUCAGCAAAAAAAGCGUACAAAAAAUAUAAAAACGAAGUAGAACGUAUGUUAACUCAAUACGGAAUCCAAACGGAAGCAGAGUUGUUCUCUGGAUCCAUUUUUAAAAUGCACAAAUACAUGUCAAACAACAUGGAUUUGAAUGACAUGCAACUUAUCAAGCACAGAGUAGAAAUGUUAAUUAGAAAAAUGCGAGAGGAUUUCGUUGAGGAAUUUGUCGACAAAUUUGACUCAGGUAGAGAUAAUUUUGAAACUAUACUUGAUGAUCUUUAUGGAUCAGAGCAAAAAGAAAAGGUUUUCCAGAAAGCAUCAGCUUGGUAUAAAAUAACUUAUGAUGAGACCCAAAGAGAUGGUUCAUCAGGAAACAGUGGAAGAUUCUAUUACGGAUUGCCAUGGACUAUAAGUGAUGUGUUAUGUACAAUGAAAGGCGAGAUCGAGAAGAAUGCGAGAAACAUUUCUAGAAAAACACAAUUUCAGGAACGUUUAACACUAUCCCUCACUCAAGCUUUUCCGAACGUUUUCGAAAAUAUAACAUACCAACGUUCUGACGUAGAAAAAAUCAUCUUUAACAUAAUGCAUCAGUGGAUAAAUAACAAUGUAAUACAAGGUAACCAGUGCUUCGAUCUUGAGAGCAUAGAUGCCGUAAUAAUAGAAUUUCUUAGUUACGUGUUUGAAGAAAUAACAGAAUCAAGAGAUGGUGAAGAACAAAACAUUUCAAUCAGUGAAAUCUUAAUGGUCUUUCUGGAAAAGCUGUCAUGUAAGAUGCUUGAGAAGCAAUCCUUUAAUAGCGGAACAUUCGUAGUGCCUUAUAUAUUGAAUAAUCAAUUUUUGGGGCAGUUAAGCUUUAAAAUAUUCCUCAAUUUGGUUUGUUCUCGUAACACGGAUUGUUUUCAAGCCGUGCAUGCUGAUUUACAACUCGAAGUAGAAGAUGUAGAGGCUACUUUUCGAUUGCAAUUGGUCGAUGAUGAAUUAGCCGCAAGAUUCUGUCGACAGGAAUUUGAAGUGAAAGAAUUGUUGUUGAACUGGACGAAAGUAAAAGAAAUUUCAUACAGGCCAGAACUAGUACGUGGCAAAAAAUGGGUUGCAAUGAUAACAGUCAAAGGUAACAGGUAUGCCGUUAAUCACUUUCAAGACAUAAUAAUACAUGAAGAUUUUAAUGAUAUGAUUAUUGAAAGUAUAGAAGCUGACUGAAGGUUUUCACUUAUACAUAACUUUUUGAAGAUGGAAAAGCUAAAUAUGAAAUAAAUAAUUGUAAUCAACUUAAAAAUUUUACGAAUCUAUUGUUAUAUCUUUAAUACAAUCGGAUUUUUUAUGUUAUUUUGUUCACGUAUACCAA